AUGACUCUACUUGACCUUCCCGCAGAGGUCCUUCGCCUGAUAUUGCAACUGGUUGAGCCAGACGACUUCGAGAGCCUCAUGUUAGUCUGCAAGCUAGUCCAUGAGGCUGGAUACAUCUUCAUCGCAAAGCACAACUACUAUAAGCACACUUUUCGUCAUGUACACAUCGACGCACAAAGCACAACGUUAGAAAACACCGUACGAUACAGCAGUCUAGCUGAGCUAGUAGGCAUCGUUGCUACGGAACCCCGGGCUACCCUUUAUAUCCGAACACUGUCGAUUUAUGGCCCCUUUCGCCAUAUGCCUCACAUGGCCAGCAUGGGUGUUACUUUGGGCGGCGAACGGUGCGCACUGGACCUUGACCAGACUGGGACACUCGUGGCAGAACUGAUCUCUGAAUCUCCAUGGCUAAGGGCCGCGGGAUGUGAUGUUGUGGCCUGGCUCGCCUUAGUCGAUGCAGUGCGCAAUGCUGCUGAAGGCGGGCAAGGCGAGACUUAUGAAGACCGAUAUAAUGGAGACGGAUCAUAUCAGACGUGGAGGGAAUACGCCGAUUUCUGCCUAUUCGUCCUUCUCCUGACGCAGCUCACACGGCUCCAGACUCUGAAAAUCAAGCACGACUUCCACUAUGCAUCCAGCUACGGGGAUGACCAGCUUGCGGCUCCUGUUCUUGUCCAGGCUAAGCGAGUUCUCGACCUCAUGUCGCUCUGUGCCGAUAAGACCAGCCGCGCCAUGAUUAGCCAAUCCUCUGUGAAGAUCUGCAGACUUCCCGGCUCACCGCUCGAAUCUUUAGCUGAACUAUACUAUUGCUCACGACAAGGCGGCUCUUACCCCCUGGAUGCAACUGCCCUGCAUCCAUUCAUCUGCUUACCAAGCCUUCUUCGGUUAUACGCGCAUGAUCUUAAGACACUAUCCAGUAUAGACUAUGCCUAUACAUGGCCUCCAAAGAAAUACUUGACGAAGCCCAUAGAUGACGAGAUUGCGGUAUCACAUGGCGCGAAUGACGGCCAUGGCAGCCAGCUCCUGAACUACUACAACAACAAUGACUACUCGCUACUCGUUUCACAGGAGCAUAGCACUGUGGAGUACCUGGAACUUCUUCGCUGCGACUUGAGCCCUCGUGGCAUUGCAUCUCUUAUCGAGCGGAUGCCGUCACUGACUACAGUUCGCUAUACGUACAAGGGUAAAUCUGGCCUAACUGAAUAUGAUGCCGUGGUGGGUUGGGAUUUUGACGGGGGUAAUUUGCUGCAAGCGAUUGCGGAUGCAAGUCGGGUUGUUGUGGACGGUGUUAAUCAGCUCGUCAUUGCUCGUGGGCUGCAAACUGAUGGAAAUAACUAUAAGGAACGGCCGGGGAGAAGCGGUAACUACGGACGAGAUGACUCUGAACAUUUAAUUUCAGCCGAGCGGAUCACAGACUUGUCUAUAGGCAUUGACGACUGCCCUCGUCACAUUGUUACGGGAAUCUCUGGAGCCAGCAUCCAACGGUUCACAAACAUCAAGAGAUUGGCAUUGGACGUCCGUGCCUUUCUUGGCCCCACCCCUGAGAGUGGCGAGAGGCGAGAUUUCUAUAGCAACUGGGAUCCGCAGAUGUCCAGUUGGAACCCUGAGACUGACAUCCCUUCUCUCAUUAACGUUUUGCCCCGCUCACUAGAGAGUCUGGAGCUUUUCGUUGACAUGCAGGGUUCUGAAGGCAACUCGCACCGCGAGUUUUGGGACUUGGAAUUUGUGUACUGGACGAAGUUGUUGGAAGGGUUCCGUGAGGGCAGGGACGAACGAUUGCCUAACUUGAAGGACUUCGUAGUGAGGGAGAACCCGCUCAUGUUUAAAGGUCACCGGCCUAGUGGCGUGUAUGAGGAAGUACUGUUGAGUGACGAUGCGAGAAGUGUGGCCAACCGGCGAGCCGCAUUAGAAGCAGGAGCUGACUUUGUGUCUGUCGAUGGUAUCCAGAUGUCGUGGCGCGAAGGUCUUGAGGAGGAACAAGCUUCAAUUUACGCGGAUGGAUUAUAUCUAUACUGA